CACCAGCAUUCGUCUCGCCGACCUCUUCGCAACAUUCCACGAACCCAACCACCUCUCAUCACGGCUAACUCCUGCUCCUUCCUUUCCCAACGAACUGCCGUCCAACCACGCACCCAUCUGCUCCUUCCACCCAACUCAAAUUACCCAUACGCAACGCUUCUCUCCCAACCACACCAUCACACUCAACCUUCUGCUAACCACAAACCAUCCACUCCACCCUCACCAACACAACUCUCGCCUCAAUUACGCACUUCCUGAACGCCCUAAAAUAGAGCAGCAUUCGUCUCGCCGACCGCUUCGCAACAUUCCACAAACCCAACCACCUCUCAUCACGGCUAACUCCUGCUCCUUCCUUUCCCAACGAACUGCCGUCCAACCACGCACCCAUCUGCUCCUUCCACCCAACUCAAAUUACCCAUACGCAACGCUUCUCUCCCAACCACACCAUCACACUCACACGUCUACUAACCACCAACCAUCCACUCCACCCUCACAAACACAGCUGACGCCUCAACUACGCACUUGCUGCACGCCCAUAAACAAUGCCUACACUCCCUUCGUCGAGCUCUCCGCAACAUUCCACAAACCCAACCACCUCUCAUCACGCCUAACUCCUGCCCCUUCCUUUCCCAACGAACUGCCGUCCAACCACGCACCCAUCUGCUCCUUCCACCCAACUCAAAUUACCCAUACGCAACGCUUCUCUCCCAACCACACCAUCACACUCAACCUUCUGCUAACCACAAACCAUCCACUCCACCCUCACCAACACAACUCUCGCCUCAAUUACGCACUUCCUGAACGCCCUAAAUAG